AUGGCCAGCGGUGUUGUCGUCGAGCCGGGUGUUUUUCAGCUUCAAACGCGCGAUCUGCCAGUUGAAACGCCAGACGGCUGGGUUCUUGUCGACAUAUGCGCGGUUGGUAUUUGCGGCACGGACUACCACAUUUUCGAAGGCAAGCAUCCCUAUCUGGAAUAUCCCCGCGUCAUCGGUCACGAGCUCAGUGGACGAAUUGCGGAAGCGUCUGGAGAAUGGAAGGCCGGGGAACUGGUCGUCAUAAAUCCGUACCUGUCGUGCGGGGAAUGCCGUGCCUGCAAGAAGGGCAAGCCCAACUGCUGUGAGCGCAUCGAAGUUCUGGGUGUUCACCGGGAAGGGGGCAUGUGUGCAAGGAUCGCGGUGCCAUCCGGCAACCUUUAUCGAGCAAACGGCCUGAGCGAACUGCAAGCCGCCAUGGCGGAGUUUCUUGCGAUCGGCGCGCAUGCCGUCAGGAGAGCGGGGGCCCUGGAGGGCGAGCGAGUUCUGGUGACGGGUGCCGGCCCGAUCGGAAUCGGAACAGCCCUGUUUGCGCGAAUCCGGGGCGCUGACGUUCACCUUCUCGAUCUCAGCGAAGCACGGUUGCGGCAGGCUUCGUCCAAAUUCGGUUUCGACAAUCUUCAUCUCGUCGGAGGCGAUAUUCUCGCAGGAUCGCUGACGGACGGUUUCGACGUCGUCUUUGACGCAACCGGCAGUGCUCGCGCGAUCGAAGCCGGUUUCCCGCUGCUUGCGCAUGGCAGCCGGUACGUGCUGGUGAGUGUGGUCAAGGACCAGAUCCGCUUUGAUGACCCGGAGUUUCACAAGCGCGAAGCGCAGAUCAUUGGGAGCCGCAAUGCUACGGCAGAAGACUUCGAGACCGUAAUGCAGGCCAUCCGCGAGGGGUUGAUCGACACGGACGCCUUGUGUUCCCGGACCAUACCGAUCCAUGAGAUUGCCGACCAGUUUCAACUUCUUGCAAACGACCGCGACACCCUGAUCAAAGCUGUUGUCACACUCUGA